AGAGGAGAGGCCGAUGAGGGACGCCAGAAACCAUGGACCUGGGAAAGGCCAAGCUUCUGAGGACGGGCCUCAAUGCCUUGCACCAGGCCAUCCACCCCGUGCACGGCCUCGCCUGGACCGACGGGAAGCAGGUGAUCCUGACGUCCUUGCAGCUGCAGGGCGGAGAGCCCGCCUUCGGCGACUCCAGCGUCGUGGGCCAGUUCGAGCACGUUCACGGGCUCUACUGGGGCCCGUGCGCCGCCGACGGCCCGGCCCUGCUGGCCGUGCAGCACAAAAAGCACGUCACCGUUUGGCAGCUCUCUGUGACGGCCGCGGAGAGGAACAAGCUGCUGGUUUCCCAGGUGUGCGACGUCGGGGAGCCCUUCCCGGUGCUCCCGCAGGGCUGCGUGUGGCACCCGCGGCAGGAGGUGCUGGCCGUGCUGACCACGCGCGACGCCUCCGUCCUGCCCUCCGUGCAGCAGAGCGGCUCCCGGGUUAAGGCCGACAUCAAGGGCAGCGGCCUCAUCCACUGCGCGUGCUGGACGAAGGAGGGCGACCGCUUCGUGGUCGGCGUGGGCAGCGCCCUGCACUCCUACGUAUGGGACCCCGCUCAGCAGACGCUGAGCGCCUGCUCUUUCUGCCCCAUCUUCGACGUGGGGGGCUACAUCUGCGCGGUGGAGGCCACGCUGGAUUCCCAAGUGGCCGUCACUACUGAGCUUCCCCUGGACAAGAUCUGCGGCUUGAACGCCGGCGUCGCCUUCGAGGUGCCGGCCAGCGUGGAGACGGACUCCUCUCCCUCGCAGUCCACCCUGGGCGGCGAGGACGAGUGUGCCGUGGACGGGGGCAAGAAAUCCCAGGACUCGGAGAAGCCCCCGCCUGGUGUCACCUCUCCCGUGGAUCUCACUCACAUCCUUUCUAGCAAGCAGGGCGCUGAUUCCAGUCCUCUCCUUCACCUGAGGCCCAAGGACUACCUGACGGGAAGCGGUCAAGACUCCUCACAUCUCAUCCUGGUGGCCUUCGAAAGGAAGGUGACCUCUACCAAAAAAGUUAGCAUCCCAGGCAUUCUCGUCCCUGAUAUAAUGGCUUUUGACCCCAAAACUCAAACUAUAUCGGUGGCAUCCAAUACCUGCAACACUGUUUUGGUCUAUUCGCUGACUUCGUCCAGCUUGCCCAAUAUUCAACAUAUUCAGCUGGAGAAAAAUGAAAAACCAAAGGGCUUGUGCUUCUUGACCAAGAAGUUAUUGUUGAUCAUGGUCGGCAGGCAAAAAUUCUCCGACCCCGCGUUUCUGCCCUCUUCCAGGUCAGACAAGUACAUGAUCCGCUUGAUACUCAAGGAGCUCCUGUUUGAAGGGUGUCCUGCGACGCCUAAUGCCAGCCCUGGUUUUCAUCUUCUUUCCAACCUAUCCCAAGACUUUCCUGCAUCCGCCCACCCGCUGAACUGCGGGCUCCUGAUACCAGGCCGCGCUGCUCCGCCGUCCCCCACGAGCAGGAGAAAACUCAUUGAGGAAAUCAAGAGCCCCACGUACGAGCAGAGCCUGCUGAAUGUGAGCGACCUCAAGGAAAAAAAGAUUCCAGGGAAUUUUCCCCYGGCUGUUGAGGCUCUGGAUGCUGAACCAGGGAACCGCUCCGGGGCUCUGUCUGCCACCCCGCUGGCCUUUUGCAACAAGCCAACCUCUCCCAAAAGGCAGACGGACGCAGCUCCCAAAAUACCCAACUCCUGGAAGAAUAACUUGCUGUUAAGUGAAAAGGAAGCAAGUUACGUAUCGAAAAACACGGAAAAACUGUCUAGUAACUUCACAGAGUUACGGCAUCAUCUCUCUGAGCUAACCGAGCUGCUCAAAUCUGGGAAGAAAAGUCUUCCAGUCUACCCAUCUUCUCAGGAACCCUCUUUUAUUUACGUCACUUACCAGAAGCAGCUUUCCAGGAGCAGCGCGGACGAAAGGCGGGCUGUGAUUCUCUGCGAUGGAAAACUCCGUCUCAACGUAGUGCAGCAAAUAUUCAACCUCUCCCUUAUAGAAAUGCAGCAUGGUCCCUCCUGGAUUGUGCUCACAGCAGACAGCGAGGGCUUCGUUCCCUUGAUGUUCACGUCCAGGCAGGAGAUGGUCAUAAGAGACGCCAGCACGAAAGGCUACAGCCACCGCUCCUCGAAAACCCUGGACAUCAUCAGCUCCACAGAGGGGCUCCGACCCUCUCCCUCCGCAAGCCUGGACAUCACGAGCUCCCUGGAGGGCCUCCGAGACGGCCCCRCCGAGAGCCUAAGCAGCAGCAGUUCUUCAGAACAGUCAAGCAGCAAAAUGUGAUUUUUGUCACAGCAAUUUUGUAAUAGCCUCUCUUCGCUGACAGGAGAGUUUUAAACRCACUGUAUAUAUCUGUAUUUUUCAAUAAUGGUCUGUCUCAUAACUCCGUUGAAUUUCCAUCAUUGUUUGUGGAGGAUGGCUGUAAAUCAUGUCCUUGUUUAUUUACCCUUGGAAACAUUUCUAUUAAAACUGAGGAGUGUUUUAAAUCUACCUCUUGCUACUCAUCACAGACCA